UUUCCCAUCCCAACGGCUCCGACUACCAUCCCAUCGUCAACCAACUAAUGCGUAUCUGACCCGCCUAUCACCUCUCAUCUACCCCUUGCUGCACUCUCUUAUCAGAUCCAAUGGCCCCAGACAUCUCCAGACCCCCUACGCUACGCAGGUCAUGCCAAGCCUGCGCCCGCGGCAAACGCCGCUGCGACCAGCGCUGGCCACGCUGCACUCGCUGCCAGACGCGGAGAAUAGACUGCGAAUACGUCAAUAUCCCUCUAACUGUGGGCACCGACAGCAGUCCCGGUACAUCCAGAACCGCUCCGACGCUCCAGUUGACUCGCAAACGGCCCUGCACGCCAUCCAUCCACCUCCCUCUACCAUUAGAAAUCACAAAAGGCUACUCUCAAAACAUCAUCGCCUUUUUAGUCUCAGGAAUGCGUGCAUACCCGUCCUCCUUUGCAACUAACAUGAAAACCCACUUCAUCCACCCCGACCUCUGGCCUCAUCCUUCCUCACCCCCGUCCCCAAUCCGGGAUAUCCACACUCUAUGUAAACUUCACAGCUCAACCAACACCGCCACCCUCAUCCCACUGAUCAAACAGAAAUCCUCCUCUCUUCUCCGCCAAAUCAAUCAUACCAGCAGCUUCGAGGAGAUGCUCGCAACCGCUCAAGCCCUCCUUCUAGCGCAAUGCAUGCUCAUCCUCGCAGAAGAUGACCCCUCCACAGCCCGGUACUCGGAAUCAAUCAGCACAAUGCUCUUUAACCUCGGUCAGAAGCUUUGGCAGCAGGCCCCGGUACAAUUACCGAGGAGUCUGAGUCCGCGGAGAGCGUGGUUAUUCGCGGAAAGCGUGCGCCGGACGAUCAUUGUGGGAUUCAUGCUUCGCAGUGUGUAUUCCCUCAAGAAGAGGAAUUAUUCCGUCCGGACUCCGUUUGUGGAUUCCUUGCCGUUUGAUGUUCGAACGACGCUGUGGGAUCAGGAUUCUGAAGGCUGGAGUACUGGGGUCGGGGAACCGUUGGAGUCCAUGGUCUCGUUGCAUCAGUACUCCAGUAUGAUGGAGCAGGGCAUGGUUCAUGGCAUCAACGAUUUUGGAGGGUUGAUUCUGGCGGCAUGCAAGGGACGCGCUGUGGCGGGGGUUCCUUAUCCGCCUGUUAAUGGGUAUAAGGUAUACUAGCUGGUUUGGUUGCCAGCUCCCUUUGCGCUCAAGAACGAGUAA